UUGGGAGUGUACCACACCAAAAGCUCUCACCUUUCGGAGAGAGAGAGAGAGGAGAGAGGGCGACGGAGAAAGAGCGAUGAGCGGCGGCGGCGGAGGUGGCUGCGGCGGAGGAGGAGGAGUUUGUGUUGGUGGGGACUCGAAGGUGGAGACGAUCGCUAGGUUGGCGCAGUGGCGCAUCGAAGGCUUCGGAGCUUGCUCCUACCGCCGUUCCGAUCCAUUCAAGCUUGGCAUCUGGAAUUGGUUUUUAUCAGUGGAGAAGAAUCGGUAUAUGUAUAUCCGGCUCUUUCCUGAGCCUUGUCGGGUCUCGAAGGAUCAGCCACCGUUCGCGAAGUUUAUUCUUAGGGUAUCGAAUUCCGGCCCUGGACGUCGGCCUUAUAUCUCUCCUGUUCAUGAGAGACUUCUCCGGACCAGCGAAGACUUUGUAUGGCCUAUUGAUUCUACGUUCCACGGCCGUUUUGUUAUUGAUGUAGAGUUCAUUGACCUGAAAAUUUCUACUUUGAAUGGGGCCGAAGCUUGCUCAAUAUGGCCUAAUGAAGUUAUAAUGCAAACAAUCACAAGGCGAACCACUCUCCGAUGUCUUUCUCGCAUGCUUGAAGAGAGCAUCCACACCGAUGUGACAAUCAACACAGCCGACGGAGUGCUCAAAGCUCACAAAGCAGUCCUGGCUGCAAGCUCGCCCGUGUUCGUGAGCAUGUUUCUCCACAAUCUCAAGGAGAAAGAGUCCUCCAUGAUCAACAUAGACGACAUGUCCAUGGAAGCAUGCUCAUGUCUUCUCAGUUACAUCUAUGGGACGAUAAAGCAAGAAGACUUCUGGAAGCAUCGUCUAUCCCUGCUCGGCGCUGCAAACAAGUACGACAUUGCCGACCUGAAGGAAUGCUGCGAGGAAAGCCUCCUCGAGGACAUUAACUCGAGCAAUGUCCUCGAGAGGCUCCACGAAGCCUGGCUUUAUCAACUUAGCAAGCUGAAGAAAGGAUGCUUAACAUACUUAUUCGAUUUCGGGAAAAUUCAGGAUGUUAGGGAUGAGAUCAACAGCUUUUUUCGGCACGCUGACAGAGAUCUUAUGAUUGAGAUGUUCCAAGAAGUGCUUACUGUUUGGAAGCCAGUCUGAAAAUGUUUGAUCUCAUCUCUUGUGCCUUCUCAAACAUUUGGAUAUUUCAGUUGUCUGUUGAAAUUGUGUAUGAAAUGUAAUGAUUUCCUUGUGAAGCUUUGUUGAUAUUUUUAUU